UGCUAGCUUGAACGAGACCUAUUUUACCUCACACACACAAAACACAAAGGGGGUGGGCAGUGCUUGGAAAGAGACUUGUCUAUUUCAUAUCCUUCUUUCCUUCCUUCAUCCUUCUUAUCCAUCUUCUUUUCUCUCAUCUUCUCCUACCAAGGAAUCAAACAUCAUUGACAAAGUGAGCUAGAAAGUCAAAAGAAAUGGGAAAUUGCCAGGCUGUAGAUGCAGCUGCACUAGUCAUACAACAUCCAAGUGGAAAGAUAGACAGGAUGUAUUGGCCUAUGACUGCUAGUGAAGUUAUGAAAAUGAACCCUGGUCACUAUGUUUCUCUCAUCAUCCCUCUUCCUAUCUCCUCGUCCGAUGAGAACUCCGAUCAGAAAACUGUUCGUUUCACACGCGUUAAGCUUCUCCGGCCAACGGAUACUUUAGUCCUUGGUAGAGCUUAUAGACUUGUUACAACUCAAGAGGUGAUGAAGGUAUUGAGAGCUAAGAAACAUGCAAAGAUGAAGAAGAAUCAGACAGAGGUGCAAGAAAAUCAGAGGUCAAACUGUGAACUUGAAAGUGGAAACUGUGAAUCAGAUAAGAACAAGGCAAUAAGACAUGAAGGACACAGGCAAAGGCCUGGAACAACAAACUUAGCUGUUUCUGCUUCAAGGUCCAAAUCAUGGCGUCCCACUUUACAGAGUAUCUCUGAGUCCAAUAGCUAACGGUGGUUGCAACUCGAUCACCGGGCAACGGGGACUUCUAAAAUAUCAUCAAAAAUAUGCACAAGGAACUCACAGAAGUUGGUGGUUCUAAUCUCUUGUUCACCCAUUGCCAUUCACAAAUCUAGUUCAUGAGGGAUGUUGAGCAAUAAUUGCUUUUGUAUAGAAUAGAAAUGGAACUAACUCUACCUUUGAUAGAAAGAACAUCCUAUAAUGAAAAUACGUAAUCUCCAGAA